GCCACUUCCACAGCUUCAGUGCCACCCAAAGCCACCUUCGGCUCUCUCGUGUCUCUUCUCAAAGCCUCCACCGCCAACCACCCACCAUGCCUAUCGUCGACUCUGGAAGCGUUGGGGCCCUCUCUGCCUCUGAGAAGGCUGCGGUCGCCGGCAGCUGGAAGGCAGUGUACGCCAACUACGAGGCUGCGGGCAAGGCCGUUCUCAUCAAGUUCUUCACGUCCAACCCCGGCGUGCAGGACUUCUUCCCCAAGUUCAAGGGGCUCGACUCGGCCGACAAGCUGAGCAAGUCUCCCGCCGUGCGCUGGCACGCCGAGAGGAUCAUCAACGCCGUCAACGACGCCGUGGUGGCCCUGGACGACCCCGAGAAGCAGAACCUGAAGCUCAAGGCCCUGAGCCAGAAGCACGCCUACGAGUUCCACGUGGACUCCCAGUACUUCAAGGUGCUGUCCGCCACCAUCCUGGAGGAAGUGGACCAUGCCAACGGUGGCCUGUCAGCCGACGGCAAGUCCGGCUGGGAGAAGCUUCUGAGCAGCAUCUGCAUCCAUCUCAAGUCUGCCUAUUAACUGCGCUCUCAUGCCAUGAAGUCGAAGAGCGCGUCGCACGCUUUUUGAAAAUUAUCAGAAAGUUGCUUGCUCGAAUAAGAUGGUUUUCGUGGUGCUGCCCAACACUGAACGUGCCAAUCAUAUGUAAAUCAUCGCCAAAAUGCUGCUAUGAAUAAAAUAAAAACAAUAUGCAACCGA